UAAGAACAUAGAGGCGGUGUAUACGGUACGUUUUAGCGAGGAAAUAAUGGAAACUUCUGGAAAAAGAUUUUCGCCCUUGAGCGCGAGCCAGCGUGCGCGCGCGCGCGCGUAAGCACAGACCCCUCGUUUGUCUGCGUUAUUCUCUGUAUUCAGGGCGACGGUUUAUCUUGUUAGCAUCGUGCUAACGGUAAUAUUUCUAGGUUUGUUUACUGAAGGAUUUUCUGAAGGACAAGAAAAGAAUUCCUGUGUUUUUUUAGCCACGGGUGAAGCUUUAAGCCCCUUCCUCAGAUUGGGCCAAAGCCAACGGCAUCAACACAACACACAGCUCUCCUUAGUAUUUCAAUAGAGUUUGCAUCAAGGCAACUUUCUGCUUGUCCACCAGCCAGGCGGAGAACUUCCUUGUGCUCCGUCGGUAAAGAUUCGGGACGAUACAGUGACAGACCUCACCAUGGCCCAAGAGGCUUUGUGGAAACACCUAAAAUCCCUGGCUCUCUGACAGAUUUGCAGCACCAGCAUCUGUUGAUUAGAGACAAAACCCUUCCAAGAGCCAUUAUGUCAGUCUGCGUGCCCUCCCCGCAUAGCUCCUCCCCUUCCAUAGAUGCGGCCAACUGCAACGGACCUGCAGUGACUCCACCCACCUCUCUCAGCCUACUCUCCUCCCACAACCAAGUGCUAAGUGAUGAUGUGGUCAAUCAGGGCCAGGCCACGCCCCCAAAGUGUCGCAAGAAGUACGCACUAAUGAGCAUGCAGAGUGCCAUGGGGCUCGGUGACGGCACCGCACCACCUCCUUCAUCAUCCUCCUCCUCAUCAUCCUCCUCGUCCUCCUCCUCCCCGUCCUUUGUCACAGCUAGCGCUACCAAUCUAAAGCUGGCGAAGAACGGCGCGAACCAGCUACGCAAAGCGGCCGAGCUGCAAGACCAAAACAAAAACACGACAAACGAAGACGACGUAGGAAACAUCACGGACGACUCGGACCACGAGCUGGAAUUAAGCAUCGACAGCCAAACCGAGCCAGACGACUUUGACGAGCCGGUUAACAAGAACACGAGCGAUUUUCUUGAUGAACAAGCCAAAGACGAGGAUCAAGCUGAGGACUCCAACACAAACCCCUUUGAGGAUGAUUCCGAUGAGCUGCUCAUCCUGUCAGAAAAAACGGAUCUUCUCAGGAAGUCCCCGCAGCUCCAGAAGGACAAGAUCAUCCUGGAGUCACGUGGUGAUGACCUUUCGCUAGACGAACCCAGGGAGCAGGAUUAUGAUGUCAUGAUUCCGCUGUUGAAAGAGAAAGAUCUCAGCCCUCCGUUAUUGCGGAAACUGUGCAGCCCAGAGGACACGCCCCUUCUGUCUAUCGGCUCCUCCUCCGCCUCGUCUUCCCCAGAGACCAAGAAAGACCGGCCCCGGACUGGCGCCAAAACAGACCGCGCACUUCACCGCAUCCAGAACCUUCCACCUAGUGACGAGGAGUCCAGCUGGACUACACUGUCUCAGGACAGCACCUCACUGGGCUCUCCAGAGGACACGGAUAUCUGGGGAGAACGGUCAUUCCAGACGGAUCCAGACUUGCCCCCAGGAUGGAAGAUGAUGACCGACAUGGCUGGCAUUUAUUACUGGCACAUUCCCACCGGCACCACACAGUGGGAGAGACCUGGUCCGUGCCAGCCUGUACCGAGCGUCCCUCAUCAGGACACACGCAAACACUCACUGGGUUCGCUUUCUCCUUCACCCACCCCUGACCACGAGGCAUCUCAUGCAGAGGUGUUUUUCGGAGCAUCCUGUCGCUCAGACAGCAUCACAUUGGACAGCUCCGCCGACCCCGUCCCACUUGCGCCCUCAUCCACGCGUCUCGCCCCAGCCCCUGUCCUCUCUUGGAACUCCUCUUCCUCCUCCGAUGCGAAUGUUCCUUCUUGUGGGUUUGUCAACAGCUGCUACUUCCCUCGAUCCUCAUCACUGCAGAUCAUGCCAGAGAAAGACAAACACAGUGAGACCCAGCAUGGACAGGAGGAGAAGAAACAGCCCUGGAGUGACUUUGCAGUUGGAAAGAUUGAUAGUGAGAUCUGGAAGGACCUGCAGGCUGCUACAGUGAACCCUGACCCCAGUCUUAAGGAAUUUGAAGGAGCCACUCUACGCUAUGCCUCACUCAAGCUUCGAAACCCUGCUCCAGUGGAGGAAGAAGAUUCUAGCAGCAUUAACAGUGACCCUGAAGCCAAGUGUUUUGCGGUGCGCUCUCUAGGCUGGGUGGAGAUGGCUGAAGAGGACUUGGCUCCCGGUAAAAGCAGUGUCGCCGUUAACAACUGCAUCCGACAGCUGUCCUACUGCAAGAACGACAUCAGAGACACAGUCGGCAUAUGGGGAGAGGGAAAAGAUAUGUAUCUGAUCCUGGAGAAUAACAUGCUGAACCUAGUCGACCCGAUGGACCGCAGCGUCCUUCACUCUCAGCCAAUCGCAAGCAUCCGCGUGUGGGGUGUGGGGCGGGACAACGGCAGGGAUUUUGCCUACGUAGCACGUGAUAAAGACACACGGAUAUUAAAAUGUCAUGUUUUUCGCUGUGACACGCCUGCCAAAGCCAUCGCCACCAGCCUGCAUGAAAUCUGCUCCCGGAUCAUGGCAGAGCGUAAGAAUGCCAAAGCUAUGGCCGGAGGAUCUCUGCAGGACCGGAGCCACACAGGACUCGACGUCCCACUGCAGGCAGAGUUCCCCACACCAAAGACUGAACUGGUGCAGAGGUUUCAUGUCCUAUACAUCGGCAUGAUGCCAGUCGCCCGACCCAUAGGCAUGGACAUCCUCAACGGUGCAGUGGACAGCCUGAUGACAUCAACACGAGACAACUGGAUCCCGGUAAUGCUGAAUGUAGCAGACGCGACUGUCACCGUCAUCAAAGAGAAGGAGGAAGAGGAAGUCCUGGUGGAGUGCCGUGUGCGUUUCCUUUCCUUCAUGGGCGUUGGUAGAGACGUGCGCUCGUUCGCAUUCAUCAUGGACACGGGCAACCAGCACUUUGAGUGCCACGUGUUCUGGUGCGAGCCCAACGCAGGCAGCGUGUCUGAGGCCGUGCAGGCCGCUUGUAUGUUACGUUACCAGAAGUGUCUGGUUGCGCGCCCGCCGUCACAGAAGUCCUGCUCGCAGUGCCCACCCUCCGACUCGGUGACGCGCCGUGUCUCCACCAGUGUCAAGCGCGGCGUCCUGUCCCUCAUCGACACGCUGAAACAGAAAAGACCCGUCACAGAGCUGCCACAAUAAUCACACACACACACACACACUCUCUCUCUCUCUUGCACAAUGACUCAGCAUGCGUACACCCAUUCUCAUUAGAACUCUCACACUCUUCUAUAAACAAACACACACACACAUCAAAUCACCACGCUUCACCUCUAGAAUAACAUGGCUCCGCCUCCUCGAUGUCAAUCAUGUGUUAUGUGCUUAUCUGCAUGGGGUGAACACACCUCUGUCGCAUGAUACAAGACACCACGCACAGUUUAGGAGAAGGCUGGAGCGGCUUCAGGUGUGACCGUCGACAGCGUGUUUGUGUGUGCGCGCACUGUAUGUUGCUGUUGCUGCUUCAUCAUACGAACUAUAGCAUCGUUCGAUGCCCUUAUCCACAAAGCAUGCAGUUUGUUCCCUACUUCCUGUCUCUCAGCUUUCAUCAUCCUCAUCAGUGACCAGAUGGACAGAGGAAUGAACAGAUUAAACUCGCUGGACAGAUUAAUAAAAAGAGAACAACAACGCUGUGUAAAUACAGAUCAAAGCUUCUCACCAAAAAGACGAGAAAGAUGCAGAUUUUUGUAAGUCAGCAUGGGGGGGGGGCUGCUAUAAAUAAAUUAAUUAAUUAAUUAACCAUGCUGACAGAUCAGCUCGAACCCUUCAACGCCAGAAAGUCCUGUGGAGUGGAGCGGUGGAUUCUCUCUCUCCUUUUUUUUUUCUUUUUCUUUCUUUUUUCUCUCUAUUGCCUCAGUGAAGAUGCCUUUCUGUUUCCUAGUUUCCUAUUAAAGCUCCAAAGUCUGUUUGUGACUGUGACACGUGAGCGGAUACUGACGUGACGACAUCAUGCUGGAGAGUAGGGGGAUAAAACUCCACUAAACCGCACAUGCAUCUGAGGACAGGCCGACGUUCGGAUGAAGAGGAGCUCGGUGUCUGAGCAGGUGGAAAGCUUCCAGGUGAAAGGAUGCGAAAUAAGAGACGCUUGUUCAGCGCUACACCAUCAAACCCUUAUAUGUCUAUGUUGAAGGAAAAUUCCACCCUGAACGAGACGCAUAUCAAAAUUUUUCGCUAAAACUUUUUGAAAUGCUCGGAGUGGUUUUCAACGUUACUCACAAUUCCAUUCGACUACCUGCUGAUAGCGGUGUCUGUCCAGCAACGUCUUGUCUGAAGAGAGUGAUGCAGCAGCACUUUAGUCUGUCCAGCGAUCUCCAAUAUUUCAGGGUAGAGUUUUCCUUUAAUAUCUGACAUCAUUAUCUCUGUGAUCUUGCUGGAGUUUGUAGUCCUUCCUUCCAUAUCAGCUGUAGUCCUAAACACAUCGUCGGGGUUCGACAAGUCACACGUGUGUGUGUGUGUGUACACAUUAUCUAUACAACACUUUACAAAUGCAUAUCACAUCAUAAGCUAUGUUUAUUUAAUUUGUUGUUUUUUUUUUAAUAUCAUCAGUAUUUUGUUUUUCACUUUUGAGAUCCUUUUAGUAUGUUUUUAUUUUUAUUGUUAUCAUUUGCCUCCACAUGUCUCGUGAAUACGUUCUGAACCGAACUCGUCGUAAGUUUUGUAGAUAAACCAAUGGACACAAAAGAGCAAAAGAAAGAGAGAGAGUGUUUAUUUUACGGUCUUUUCGAGACCCCAGCUGUACGAGACCGGGGUUUGAGCCGUAAGCGUCUAAUCUAUGCAUUCUUUUAGCUCCGAGGACGAUUUAAGGGGGAAAAACAAAUCGAAUCCAAUCAAAAGACACCUUGUCUUUUGUGUCCUGGGGACAAUUUCAGAAGAAGAAGUGGACGUUGGACUGAAUAGAAAAGAGAUUUUUUAUUUUAUUUAUUUGAUCUAUUUUUUAAUCGUACGUUACUGUUUUCAUUGUAAUCUAUUAUAUGCUCGGACAUUCUCAUCACACACUAAACAUAUAACUCCAUGAUGAGAAUGAAGGACCGACAGAAGAAACCGUGAAAUCCGCAAUCUUGCAGUCGCUGUUUUAUUUUUUUGUUUUUUUUUUAAAAAUCUUUUAUCUUGCUAGGUUUUUUUAUUUUUAUAUAUAUAUUUUUUUUUUAAAUCUUAUCAUCCUCCUAGGGAUUUGUCUUUUUUUUUCCCUUUUUUGAGAAUUUUUCCUUUUUUUCUAAUUUGAGCCAUAUUUUUUUUUCCCAUCGAUCUCCUCUUAAGAUCCUUUUUGUUUUUUCAGACACCGCUCAUGUGUUUCUUUCAGAUGUUUAACACUUGUAUUAAUUAAGCUGCUCUGCACUUUUAUUUUUUAUUUUAUUCAAGAUAAAAAUGACUAAAAUUAAUGACGGUCAGUUUCCCAUCUGUUCGUGUGAAGCCAUUUCAGUGUUCAAUCUCCCAACGACUGGAAACCUGCCACAGAUGAAUGUGCAGAUUCACAGGAUUUCAUUCAGUUUGUCGUCUGAUGCAGUAGAGAUGUUAACGGUCUCACACACACACCCGGUCUCACACACACACACACAAACACACACAGCCGGUUGCAUUCUUGUGGAAACAACUGCUUCUCCUCUACACUACUUUGUACCCCAUAAUAAAUGUAAUCUGUUGUGAGAAUAAACAGCAUUUCAAAAAUA